UCCUCUGCAUUAGAAUCUGGAGUUUUUGAUUAUUGUAAAUGGAGAGAUUUGAGAGUUGGAGAUAUAGUGAAAGUUGAAAAGGAUGAGUAUUUUCCUGCUGAUCUUAUAUUGCUUGCGCCGAAUUACGAUGACGCGAUUUGCUACGUCGAUACGAUGAAGGUUCUUCAAAGCGUUUUCAUCAACCAGGAUUUGAAUAUGUAUUACGAGGAAACGGAUAAGCCAGCGCACGCUCGUACGUCGAAUUUGAACGAAGAACUUGGUCAAGUUGAUACCAUACUUUCUGAUAAAACAGGAACAUUGACUUGUAACUCUAUGGAGUUUAUCAAGUGUUCUAUUGGUGGAGUUGCUUAUGGAAAAGGAUUUACGGAAGUCGAGAGAGCUUUAUCAAAGAGAAAAGAUUCGUAUUUCGGCCGCAAGUUGAAAGAGGAAGACACUACUAAGGCUGUGAAAUCGAAGUCGAAGAUUAAAGGAUUUAACUUUAUGGAUGAAAGGAUCAUGAAUGGAAAUUGGGUGAAACAGACUAAUGCUAAUGUGAUACAGAAUUUCCUAAAGGUUUUGGCUGUAUGUCAUACUGCAAUACCUAAAGUUGAUGAAGCAACCGGUAGCAUUUCGUACGAAGCUGAAUCGCCGGAUGAGGCUGCUUUUGUUGUUGCAGCCAGCCAAUUCGGAUUCGAAUUUUAUGAAAGAACAAAUGCAGCUAUUUCAGUUCAUGAAUUGGACCUCGAAUCAAAUGUGAAAUCAGAAAGGUCUUAUAACCUUUUGAAUGUAUUAGAGUUUACGAGUGCACGAAAACGGAUGUCCGUAAUCGUAAGAGACCACACUGGGAAACUACUACUACUUAGCAAAGGUGCUGACAGUGUCAUGUUUGAGCUACUUGGAAAGAAUGGAAGAGAAUUUGAAGAGCAAACUAAGUAUCACAUUAACGAAUACGCCGAUUCUGGUUUAAGGACAUUGAUACUCGCGUAUCGUGAACUCGACGAGGCAGAGUACAAUCAGUUUAAUAAAGAGUUGACAGAUGCGAAAAACUUAGUGAGCGCGGAUCAGGAGCAGAUUGUAGAGGAUAUAUUGCAAAAGAUUGAGAAGGAUUUGAUUCUUCUUGGUGCUACCGCAGUCGAGGAUAAACUACAAGACGGGGUUCCUGAAUGUAUUGACAAACUAGCACAGGCUGGGAUUAAGUUAUGGGUUUUGACAGGUGAUAAAAUGGAAACGACAAUUAAUAUUGGGGGUUGGAGCUACAAUAGGAGUUGGAGUGUAUAUUCUCAUUGGAACCGUUAUUAGGGAGCAGGCAGGACCAACACUUGUAUUAUCACUCUUUAUUGCAGGAAUAGUCGCAGCACUAUCAGCUUAAGUUGUUGCUGGUGGCAUAACCCCAAAUCUGGCACAUGUUCUCUUUUACUAUCUUGGUCCCUGAUUCUAUGAUAUACUCUCUCCUAAGAUUUAUGUUCCUGUAAAUAAAUUGAUUAAUUCUAUGUUUAUGAAUUACAUUUGGGAAGAUUAACAUGACAAUCCGAGGUAGGGGAGCUAGACGGAGUCAAGAGAAUGAUUGCAAUCAACUUCAGCCUUCACCUUUGCGAGGUAUAUUAUUUGGAUCAGAUGCAGUCCUUUAAUAGAGUUCUAGUUUAGUGCAUUGAGUUUUAAAUACAAUUCUAGAUUUUAAAGCAUUAAAGCAUAAGCAGAAUUUCUUGUGUAAGAUUCUAAGUAUAUGGAAUAAAACUUCAUAUGAUGAAAUAUUUGAAUUUAUUAGAAAAUAGGAUAAUUGUUUAAUUUUAAUUAUUUAUCUUUGUCAUGAUUCUUAAUGUAUUUUAAAAUUGUUUAGAAAAUAGGAUAAUGAGCAAUUUAAUUUUAAUAUUAGUAAUAUUCUUCAAUUAAAUAAAAAAGUAAAAUUAUAAAUUUAUUAUAUUUUAAUAUAAUAAAAAAUAUUAUUUUUUGUUGUUUUAGUGACAGUUAAAAGAAAAUAAUCCGUAGGUAUAGUUAUUAUUAUUUGUAAUAUUCGCAUAACAUAUAGUGACAUUCAUUGUGACCGUAGGUAAACACUUAACCGUAGCUAAAAGUUUUUGUGACAUUUGAUUUGGCGUCACAUUACACCCCCUUAAAGUUGACGCCAAAAGUGAAUGUCACUCAAAGUUAUAUACACAUUUACCUACAGAUUAUUGACUUUUAGUGAUAAUUUUUGAGUGUCACUAAAAGUCAAUUUUCUUGUAGUGUACUCCCGUCACUUU